AUGGAGGCCUCCGACUCGGAUGACAAAGCAGGUUGGCAAGAAGUUCCCUACCCGGAAUCCAAAUAUGUCAAAGAAACCUUCACGAAACCUUCACGCUAUCCAGGGGUACCCCAUCGAGUUCCACACCCUACCACACCAACUACAGACACCACCUCCGUUGUGGACUUCCACAGAGCACGAGGCCCUGAUCGACGAGGAGAUUCGAACACUCUUUGCCAAAGGCACCGUUUAACCCCUUAA